GCCGGAAAGCUCACCUUUCAGUUUCCCAUAAUCAACUGGAUAUCACUGUCAACACCGAUAUUGUAAAAUCAAGUGGUGGGCAGUCCAAUUCAUGGUCGUCCAUCAUUGAUACAAGACCACUAUGUCACCUUCAAAGAAUGAGCAGUCAACGUCUGCCAAAAACCACAAGAUUGAAGCUUUAGCAACGCGACUCUUAGAUCCCCUUUUAUAUCUCUCAAUACCUCUUCUCAUUUUGGUGCACCUCAUCGUCGCUCCCUACACCAAAGUUGAGGAAUCAUUCAACAUCCAAGCAGCUCAUGAUGUGCUGGUCUACGGGGCGCCAACAUCCGACAUAUACAACAGGCUGUCCAGUAGCUAUGACCACUUUACCUUUCCGGGCGCUGUCCCACGGACCUUUGUAGGCCCCGUGCUACUGGCCGGGUUCGCCCAACCGAUCGUUGCUCUGGUUGGAUUUCAACAUGCCCAGCUAGUCGUAAGAGCCAUCCUCGGCCUCUUCAACGCCGCCUGCCUGCACGUCUUUGCCCGGAAUGUCAGACGAGCAUAUGGCCCCGGCGUAGGGAGAUGGUACAUCGUCCUCCAAGCCAGCCAGUUCCACGUUCUCUUCUAUGCCUCCCGGACGCUGCCCAACAUGUUUGCCUUUGGCCUGACAACACUCGCCUUCUCCUUCCUCCUCCCAGCCCCCCUGGACCCCAAAUCCACUGCACGCCGCCAACGCCUCUCCAUCACCACCUUCGUUUUUGCAGCAGUCAUCUUCCGCUCCGAAGUCGCCCUCCUGCUCUUCACAACAGUCCUCUACCAACUCCUCCAACCAUCCCUCUCCCUGAACCGCGUCAUCCGCCCCUUCAUCAUCUCCUUCCUCGCCGCCCUCGCCAUCUCCGUCCCCAUCGACACCUACUUCUGGCAGCACCCCCGCCCGCUCUGGCCCGAGCUCUCCGGCUUCAUCUACAACGUCCUCCACGGCGGCGCCUCCGCCUGGGGCACCCUCCCCUGGCACUGGUAUUUCACCAACGCCAUCCCCCGCCUCCUGCUCAGCCCCCUCACCUGCCAGGUCCGCCUCCCCUACUCCCUCACCCACCCGGUCAUCGGACGCGGCGCCCGCGCCCUCACCAUCCCCUCACUCCUCUUCAUCGCCCUCUACUCCCUCCAGCCCCACAAGGAGACCCGCUUCAUCAUCUACGUCGCGCCCCCGCUCACCGCCGCCGCCGCCCUGAACGCCCACCGGGCCUUCCGCCGCGCCGCCUUCCGCCGCGGCGGCGCUAACACCUUCUUCCGCGCCCUCCUCGCCGUCGGCAUCCUGCUCUCGGUCGCCGGCUCGUACGCCGCCAGCUCCAUUGUGUUGGUCGAGUCCGCGCUCAACUACCCCGGCGGCGACGCCCUCGCCUACGUGCGCGGUGUCGCGGCGGCGGCUGCUGUGUCUGGUGCGGGUGCGGGUGCGGGUGCGGGUGGUGGGGCUGGUGUCGUGCAGGUGCACGCGGAUGUGCUGGCGUGCAUGACGGGGGUGACGCUGUUUGGGACGGACGCGGCGGCCGCGAGGGUUGCUUCUUCUUCUUCUGCUUCUUCUGCUCCUGGGCCUGGGGUGGGGGGUGAUGACAACGGGGGUGAGAUUGUUAUGGUCAAGCAGCAGCAGCAGCGAGGCGGCUACCCGGCCCAGAACGGGGUGCGGAUUGUGGUGGACAAGACGGAAGACGAUGCGGUGCUGGCGAGCGCGGAUUUCUGGACCCGGUUUGAUUACCUGUUGAUGGAAGAUCGGAGCAAGGUUGUUGGUGGGGAGUGGGACACCGUCGGGGUUGUGAAGGGGUUUAGCGGGCUGGAGGUUGUUAAGCCGGGGAGUGAGCAAGAGGAUAAGGUAGAGAAAGGGGCACCUCCGGUUGUGGGGCUCGGGGAAACGGUUGCGCGGUGGAAGAGAACGGUCAGGGGCCUGACCGGCGGAUGGUGGUAUGGUCCGAGGAUGGUGGAGAAAAUAUAUAUCAUGAGGCGGGUCAAGGAGGCACCCAGUGUGCAGGCGGCCGUCGAGGCCAAGUAGAUCUCUGUUGCGAGAGUCAUGUAAACUUGUUUCGUUUUGUAUAUUCCCACUUAACGUCUGUGAAAUAGAGUUCCUUUUCAUAGCGCACUGUUUCCGAUUUCUGGGUCUCACGUCACAAGGCUG